UCCAAUGAGUUUUCAAGGCGACAGAACGUCUGUGACGUCAGUAAUGCGCGACUCAGCGCAGCAUGCGAUUCCCCUGCUGGAACACACGCUGUAGUACUAGACAGCUAUAGUUCAGUUUGAUACGUGUAAAACACAGUAACAUGGAGGCCAGUGACGAAAGUUUUGGAAUAGAAGUUGUUCUUAUUCCAGAGGAUAAGGAAGCGCCGUGUUGUCCGCAUGGUCCUACCUUGUUAUUUGAGAAAGUUAGCCGAGAGGGAGCGAGUGGCCGGAGGUUUUACGCCUGCUCAGCCUGUAGGGACAGAAAAGACUGCAGUUUCUUCCAGUGGGAGGAUGACAAGGUGUCCGAAGCCCGGCGGUUGGCCAGAGAGGCAGAGAACAAGUUACACAGACCUCAGAUCAGCCACAAAGAAUACUGUACCAGGUUUAAAAAGUUCUCCUCCCUCUCAUCUGAUGAGAAGAUCUUCUGUAAGGAAUGUCAGACUUUGCUCCUGCCCGUCCAGCGUGACGCCCACUUGUCUCACAAACGCGUGGUUGUCACUGAAGCUGAGCUGCUGAGGCCCAGUGUGCUGCUGUCUCCUAUGAACAACAAGAAGAGCAACGCCCAGUACCUGUUCACUGACCGCAGCGCAAACUUCCUGCUGGACACAUUAGCUGCUUUGGGUUUCAGGAAGGUGCUGUGUGUGGGGACGCCCAGACUCCAGGAGCUGAUCAAGUUGCGAAACCUGGAGCAGAAACAUAAACCAAUGAAGAGUCUGCUGCUGGACAUCGACUUCAGAUAUGCCCAGUUCUACAGCCAGGAUGAGUUCUGUCACUACAACAUGUUCAACCAUCACUUCUUUGGUGGAAAGGCGUCCAGCUCAAUCCUGCAGUCUUUCCUCAAAGAGAGCGAUGGAGAGAAGGUUGUGAUGGUGGCCGACCCGCCGUUUGGUGGUCUGGUCAAGCCUCUGGCCAACAGCUUUUCACUGAUCUCACAGACGUGGAAGAAACUGCAGGGGGACGUUGUCGACACUGAUAUUCCUAUGCUGUGGGUAUUCCCGUACUUCUUCGAGCCCCGUAUCCUGGAGUGUCUCCCUACAUUGACCAUGUUGGACUAUCAGAUGGACUAUGACAACCAUCCACUGUACAAACAUGGAAAGACUGGCAGGAAGCAGUCUCCUGUCAGACUCUUCACCAACAUUUGCCCGAAGGACGUCGUUCUGCCUAAAAGCGAGGGCUACAGGUUCUGCUCAGUGUGUCAGAGAUUCGUCUGCGUCCUGAACAAACACUGUGCUAAAUGUAACGUCUGCCCAUCAAAGGAUGGUCGGCAAUGGAAGCACUGCUCGGCUUGUGAGAAAUGUGUCAAACCAUCCUGGAUACACUGUCAGACUUGUGGCCGCUGCGCCCUGCCUGACCACCCAUGUGGUCAGAGUGAAGUAAAGCAGGGCUGCUUCAGCUGUGGCAGCCUGCAGCACAAGCACAGGUUCUGUCCCGUCAAACAGAAGCCGAAGAGCAGCGGACAUCGAUCCAACGCCAAGAGUGGAGCCAAAAACCUAUCCCAUAAUCCUCUCCGCAGGCCUAAGGCAAAGCGCAAGUCUGGAGCCGCUCGCAGAUCGAAGAAGAUGGCUGCUCAGUCUGCGUGACCUCAGUUGUCACGUGUUCAGAGUUAAUAAAUGUUUAAAAUAUAUUGAAAAAUAAAUAAAUAAACAUACAGUUGCUUUUGCCACCUUACACUGAUAAUGUUUAAAUAUUGUGUUCAAUAAAAACAUUAACACAUA